UCAUGUAUGUGAAAUCACGUGAACCUCUUAUCCCUCUCUCUUUCUCCUCGAUCUCUUCUUCAAGACAUCGAUCCUCCACCUUUACUGGACAAUACCAACAAUAUCUCUGCUGUUCCUGUUCAUCACUUGAAUAUUCCUCAUGACUUCUAGUAAUUGCUAUUCUUCCCUUUAUCCUUUUCCUUUGGACCUUAACGAAGAUGAUCAACACCAACAGCACCACCUUUUUACCUUAAAAUCUCAACCUUCUUCUUCAUCUUCCUCCUCUCUUACUUGUCCCACUUUCUUCAACCCCACUGUUCAAAACCAAGCAGGCUCUUGUCAAAGAGAAUCCCAGGAAUUCCUAGAUCAACAAGAUCAGGCUAAGAUAUAUGUUCCACAAGAUGGACAAUUGUGGAGUGGUGGUGACAGUGGGGUCAAGUUAUCGAUUUGGAAAAAAGAAGAAAGGAUUGAGAGUGACGAUCAUCACCAUGAGGACAGUUCUUAUAAGUGGAUGCCUUCAAAGAUGAGGAUUUUGAGGAAGAUGAUGACGUCGGAGCAGUCCGAUUUAUCGAAAAGCUCGACGGCUAUGAAAUUCGAAGACCUGAAGGUUCAGAUCAAUCAGCCCUCGUCAUCUCCGGAUAACAGCAGCAACUCUUCUUACAAUAAUAAUAACAACAACAGUCCUAUUAGGGUUUGUGCUGAUUGCAACACAAUUAAGACUCCUCUCUGGAGGAGUGGUCCUAGAGGUCCCAAGUCUCUCUGCAACGCCUGUGGAAUUCGACAACGAAAAGCAAGACGAGCAAUGGCCGCGGCGGCGAAUGGGACCAUUGUUGGAGCUGAGACAACGACAAGUGCGAAGAGUAGUAAAGUUAAAACAAAGGCAAAGAGAACAAGUAUCGGUCGUAUGGCAAAGUUAAAGAAUACUAAAAUGUGCAAGCUUAGUUCCCAGUCCCAAGGUAGAAGAAAGAAGCUUUGUUUCGAGGAUUUGAGGGUAAUAUUGAGCAAGAACUCGGCUUUUCAUCGAGUUUUCCCACAGGAUGAGAAGGAAGCUGCGAUCCUGCUGAUGGCCUUAUCGUAUGGGCUUGUUCAUGAUUGAAUUAACUAGCUUUUUUUCA